AACAUUAAGAAGAGGGGAUGAAGAUGAUCGUAUGGAAAAUAUCACGUGUGAAGAAACUGGAUGUUGGUUUAAAUGCUCAGAAUUUAUAGCCUCCAGCUGGAAGGGAGGGGAAAGUAAAACUUCAUGAGAAGCAGCAGUCUCUCAUUUUCUGGAUCAAACAGAAGGGACGGAUCAUGGAGGGACCCCCUCAUGCUGACAACUGAUGAAGACUUGGCAACAAUCUACCUCUCCGGGAGAGCAACUACUGUAGCGUUUCCUAUUCAUCAUCAUCAUCAUCAUCAUCAUCCUCAACAGCAGCAUCAUCAGCAUCAUCAUCGUCAUUUCGAGCGGCACGCACCUCACUUGCUCCACAUCCUUGGGGCCACGAGAGCGUCAGGGCGCAAAGACGAACAUCCAAGUCCUGCCUGAGCAUAAACUGUCCUCGGUGGCCCCGCUGAAGCAGUUUAACAUGGAGAAAAAGGAAAUGGAGCUGAUCCUGGUGAAGGAGCAGAACGGGGUCCAGUACACGAACUCCUCUGUCGUGGCUUCUCCGGGCUCCCGCGGCGGCACCCCCGGCUCCAAUGAUGAUGUUGCCAGGGAGACCUGGGGCAAGAAAAUGGACUUUCUGCUCUCUGUCAUAGGCUUCGCUGUGGACCUGGCCAAUGUGUGGAGGUUCCCCUACCUGUGUUACAAAAAUGGAGGAGGUGCCUUUUUGAUCCCAUAUGUUCUGUUCCUUGUCAUUGCUGGGAUGCCCCUGUUCUACAUGGAACUUGCCUUGGGUCAGUUUAACAGAGAGGGAGCAGCUACAGUUUGGAAGAUCUGCCCUGUAUUUAAAGGUGUUGGGUACACUGUGAUCAUCAUAGCAUUGUAUGUGGGCUUUUACUACAACGUCAUCAUAGCUUGGUCACUGUAUUACUUAUUUGCCUCUUUGACGAGUGAGCUGCCCUGGCUCAAGUGUAAUAACCCAUGGAACAGCCCAAACUGCACAGAACCACAACACAUCAAUGGCACUGUCUUGGGUAACAGAACCUCCUAUGCCAAGUACAAGAACACACCAGCCGCAGAGUUCUACGAGCGCGGGGUACUGCACAUUCAUGAGAGUAGAGGCAUCAGUGACCUGGGCCUUCCUCGCUGGGAGCUCACUAUCUGCCUUUUGGUGGUUGUCUUUAUCCUGUACUUCAGCCUGUGGAAGGGAGUCAAGUCCUCGGGAAAGGUGGUGUAUGUUACAGCUACUAUGCCCUACGUAGUGCUGUUAGUGUUGCUGAUUCGAGGAAUUACUCUCCCUGGUGCAAUGAAUGGAAUUAGGGCAUAUCUCCACAUUGACCUAAAGAAGCUCAAUAAUCCUCAAGUAUGGAUUGACGCAGCUACUCAGAUUUUCUAUUCUCUAGGAGCUGGGUUUGGAGUCCUCAUCGCCUUCGCAAGCUACAAUAAAUUUGAAAAUAACUGCUACAGGGAUGCUAUUCUGACAAGCACAAUAAACUGCGUAACCAGUUUCUUCUCAGGGUUUGCCAUCUUUUCAGUACUGGGCUAUAUGGCUAAUCAGCAUCAUGUCGACAUAAAGGAUGUGGCCACUGAGGGAGCUGGACUGGUUUUUAUUAUCUACCCAGAGGCGAUCUCAACCCUACCUGGAGCCACAUUCUUUGCUAUAGUCUUUUUCAUUAUGCUUUUGACUCUUGGAAUUGACAGCGCUAUGGGUGGCAUGGAGGCAGUGAUCACUGGGCUGUCAGAUGAUUUCAAAAUUCUGAAGAGGAAUAGAAAAGUAUUUACGUUUAUUGUAGCAUUUGGGACAUUCCUAAUGGCCCUUUUGUGCAUCACAAAUGGAGGGAUCUAUGUGCUGACCCUGUUGGACAAGUAUGCUGCAGGGACAUCUAUUCUAUUUGCGGUGCUGAUUGAGGCCAUUGGAGUAGCUUGGUUCUAUGGCGUGGACAGAUUUAGUGAGGACAUUGAACGCAUGACAGGCUUCAAACCAGGGAUCUACUGGAGGCUCUGCUGGAAGUACGUCAGUCCAACGUUCUUACUGUUUGUGGUAAUCGCCAGCAUUGUUACCUCCGGCGAACUGACAUAUGAUGACUAUGUUUUCCCUCCCUGGUCAAAUACGUUGGGCUGGUUCAUAGCCUUGUCCUCCAUGCUGUGUGUACCAGUCUACGCCAUCUACAAAUUCUUUAUUUUGCCAGGCACCUUCAUAGAGAGGAUAGCGUACUGCAUUACUCCUGAACAUGAAUAUCACAUGGUGAUGGAGGGUAAUAUCAGGCAGUCUAAGCUCAGACAUUGGUUAUCCAUCUGAUGAAGGGGUCAGGUGGGAGUGACCUCUCAAAUGCUACUUGAAUACUGGAGAAGAUAUGUCGUGUGUAAGAGAGAGAAAAGUUUCUGCAAAGGUCUUUUACCAUUUGAAAAGUGUCCCCUGAGAAAUGGACAGAAUGAAGCAAUGGCUUUGUGCAUUUCCCAACCACACACUGUACUGUCCAGUCUGCUCCAUUUGUGUUCAGUGGUUGACUAGACUUUUUUAUAUUGUAUGGCGUCUGUACUUCUUUUUAAAUCAUACCCUUAGGUUUCAAUCCUUUUAAGAUGUUUAUUUAUAUAUUAGUUAUAUUAUUAAUAUGUUAGUUUUGGUUAUGAUGGUUAUAGGUCUUUAUGUAUGAACAUGUAAGCAGAAACCCCCCCGAAGCUAUAUAAAUCUGUAUGACUGGGAAGGUGAAUGUGUGUGGGUGUCACGGGUUAACUUACAAUCUAUUUUAUAGUGUAAGUUGUAGAGCUUUACGUAACACACUGAGAAAUGGAAACCCCCUUGAUAUUCCAGGAAAUAUAUAACAGAUUUGGAGCAUUUUGAGUCAUUGCUACAGUACAUGUUAGAGCACAGCUGUGAGUUUCUCACAUUUCACCUUGGUUUUGCAACAGCUGGCUUACAUCAAGUGUCCACCAAGCAUUUUUUUAAGCACAUCUUUUCCCUUUUUGACAAACCUCACAAAGCAGACGUACACCAUUGUGUCAGUGCCUUAUCUAGUCAUAAACUUCCUGUCAUUAAGUUACUCAUCCUCAUGAAGCGAGCGGCUAAAGCAUCUCAUUGAGAGUCUCAAUUAACUCCAUGCCAAAUGACGCUCAAUUUAUGCUCAUAGCUUUCAAAAUGAACUGAAAUCCAAUGAUUUGUCUCAAAUAGAGCUGAAGAGCUUUAUUUUGUUAUAGUUUUAAAGAAAAGGGAUUUUUUUGUGUUUAGAGUCAAUGGAUAAACUUUUAUGCUUUACUUACGGCCUUGGAUCAGAGCAACAAUUAUUAUUGUCACAAAUUCGCUACUUUGCACAAGACAUUUUUGCCCCUUCAAGAAAUUCUAAAUUAUCAGAUCAAAGACAAAUAACAUUAUAUUUAAAACUCAUGAAGGAAAGACCAGCUGAUGUAAAGCAGCAAUGUUGAAAUACACUAGGCAGGGGUUUAGCUUAUUUAGUUUAAAUUCUGUUUGACAUGACAUUAGAAAUCUUUUUACACUAUACACUGACAAUUCAAUUAAUUGAGCUCUUGUGGUACAAUCCCAUUAUCAUGUGGUCUUGUUGAUCAUUUCAUGCCUUGUAUGGAAUGUGUGUGUGUGUGUGU